AUGUCGCCUGCGGCGCCGGAAACAAAUGUCGGAUCCAUACGGAGGCUCACUUCCCUCGGACGUAAGGAGUCUCUCAGCAAGCUGGAACGUCAGGAGAGUUUGCCGGCGUCCAUCGCAAGUGGUCCUACCGGUGGGAUUCCGGCAGAUCUUGCCAGCGUGGCUACUAAAGGUUACGGGAGCGUUAUUACUGGAGGUCAUUCCAGUAUGACUACUGGUGGCUAUCCGAGCGUAGUUACUGGCGGUCACCGCAGCAUGGGUUCAGCAAGUCAGGCCAGUCUGGCUACAACAGGUCGUACCAGCGUGGCGGACAUGAGUCGUGGUCUUCAGCGACUUACAGAGGAGGUGCGAGAGGGAAGGAGCGAUUUGACUGACCUGCUAAGUAAGUACCUGUGCCAGGUGAAACGACCCCCACCCUGCCCCAUAUCACCUUGUGGCAUAGCUUCCGCAACUCCGGCAUGCAGGAUUGGGGGAUGUGAACGAAAGGUCCGUGACUCAGAGGCAGAAGGGAAGACUGAAAUACAGCCCCUCUUUCGCAUCCUGUUGGGGGGAGGAGAGGCUAAUCAGUCCGGACAAGGUCGACGGAGAAAUACAGCCGUAGAGGAGGACCCUGGUUCUGUCUGCAAGAAUGGUUCCGCAUCUGGACUGCCGAACUUUAUAGAGGAGCUGACAAAAGGUCUCCAGGUUCUGAUCCAGCAAGUGCAGAACGACAAGAUAGCCCUCAACGUCAUGGUUCAGCGAGCCCUUUCAACUCCCAGAUGCCCUCAAGCGACGCCGUUACCAUCCUGCCCUCUCCCCUCACCUCCGUCUUGCAAGGUACCCAGCUGCCAAAAUCGGAUGUUGGAACAGCUGGAGGGGGUGAGUCAGGAACUGGAAGCCCUCACUAGACAGGUUCAGGAAAACGGCACGGAACUGACAUGUUUGCUUCGUCAGGCCCUAAAUCCCUGUCAACCGGUCUGCCCUCUUCCGAAACCCUGCUGCCCUCUAACCAACAGGGCUUCCCUAGCCCAAGAAAACCCCGACGGCCUAGACGGUGAACUGAAGUCUCCUAUGCACAGGGACUGUCCAGCCACUCCACGACCCUGCUGCCGUCCAGCCAGACCUGACCCCACCUGCGAGCUGGAGAUCAUUAGCCAAGUUGUGGAACAGUUGGGCUGUGAAAUUCGUGCCGAAAACGAAGCCUUGACCUGUCUACUGAAACAGGCUCUGGAACGCGAAGCCCCCGCCUGCUGCGACCUACCGCCGCCGCCUUGCGGACCACCGUCGCCGACGGAGGCAGAACUCUGUGAACUGCAGUGCAGUCUUCGACAGCUGGUCACAGAAGUACACGCUGAACAGCGACAGCUGAAUGCAAUGAUUCGCGAGGCUCUGGGUUUGCCGGUAUGUCCGGACCCCUGCACACCGCCAGCACCACCUGGACCCAGUUGCACAAUGUUGUCAAACCUGCAGCAGUUGAAAGACAGUCUACAAAAGAUAUCCGAGGAAGUCUGCUGCAGGGAGAGCGGGCGGAGUAGUAACACUGCGAAAGCCCUCAAGGAAGUGGAGGAGAGUAUUGCGCAACUGAGCCGCGACCUGCUUGAGCCACCGCCGACUUGUCCGAAACAGGUGGACGCCGGAGUCGACGCGAAUAAUGUGCUAAUAAGGGAGAUUGUGAAGCUGAUAACUGAAGCCAGUGGCGGAAAAGUAAAAAAGAAUAAGAAGAGCGUUGCAUCAGCUACCUGUGGCGCAGAAUCGACUAGUGAUGUGCUUGGUGCGGUUUGCAAGAUACGGGAGUGUCUGGAGCGCAUGAGCGGUGCCGGCUCCACGAAAGAUAAGUCUGAAGAGACAGGAAGGACGGACGACGAAGAGGAAGGGGGAGAGGGUGGGAAACAGUUAGAAAAGACUGCGGACUACAACGAUAAAGGUGGGGGUGGGGGAACUGACACCUCCAAGGAGAUUAAACUCACCUUCCAGAUUAUGGGUUUCCCUAACUCUUAG